CACUAACCAUGAAUCUGACCGCCCCUCUGCUGGUGCUUCUCACAGCUUGUGUGGCCAGUGGCGCACUGCUGCCCAAAGCCGUGUGGCACUUUGGGAGCAUGAUCACCUGCGUCCAGCCUGGCGUCAACCCGCUGAAAUACAACGAGUAUGGCUGCUAUUGUGGCUUAGGGGGACAGGGAACGCCUAAAGAUGACUUAGACAGGUGCUGUCAAGUUCAUGAUAACUGUUACGGAUCAGUCGGAAAGAUUUCAGGAUGCUCUGGUUUCACUGACAUCCCACAUAUCAUCCAAUACGACUUCACCUGCUCUAAUAAACGCGUGACCUGCGCAGCUUCCAACGAUCCGUGUCAGGCGGCCUCGUGCGAGUGCGACCGGGUGGCAGCAUACUGCUUCAACGGCAAACCGUACAACGACGACUACAAAUACCUGGAUUCCAGUGUGCACUGCGCCAAAUGA